AAGCAUGAGAUCCGGGACAGUAUUCAGGAGUUUCGAACAAAAAUUAUGUCACAAGGGGACCAUCGAGAGGAGGAUGUCCAUAGGCUGGCAGAACUAACCCAGAAUCUAAAGGGACUGCAUUCCCCAAAGACCCUAAUACAUAUUGAUAAUAGUGACCACAACACUGACCACAACACGGACCACAGUGUGACCGUAGAGAGAAGGAAAGACCUGCAGGACCAGCUGAGACAGGAGGUGGACGAGCACAUCAAAGAGGGGAGAGUAAGUGUGGAGAAGAUGCAGGAGAGAGUGGGUACGAUCCGGCAGCUAAAGGAAGCCCUGAGAGAGGAGAAGGAGGAGAAACAGGAGAGCAGUGAGAAAUCUGACCACUCAGAACAGGACUGGUACCAGGUGCAGUACAACAGAGCACAGGAGCGGAGGAGGAAGAUCAAAGAGGAUCAUGGGAGAGUGAUACAGGAGGAGGUGGAGAAGAUGGAAAGAGAGCUGGGAAAGGAGCAGACUGAGGGCACCCAGAGGGAGCUGUUGGUCCUGGGCAGAGAGAGACAGGUCCUGGUUCUACAGAUGGAGGCCCUGCGCACUGAGGCCUUGGAGGCCGAGAGAGACCUGGAGACCCAGUACCACAGACACCAGCAUGAGCUGUACUCUCUUAGGGAGGAGAGUCUGCAGGUGUUCCGGGUUUUCCGCCAGGUGAGUGAGGAGCAGAGGAGGGUGUCAGAGGGCAGGUACAGGACUCUCCUGCUAGAGGCCAUACAGGACGCAGUCUACCUGUCCUCUCAGAACCAACAGCUCCAAGCAGACAACAAACAGCUCCGCAAAGCAUUGGCAGAGCUAAAGGACAUUCUGUGUGUGCGGGGUGACCUCAAGGGACAAAGGGUAUCCCAGUAACAGUGAGAGAAUGGGGAAAUAUGUUUAUCUUAUGAAUUUAUGGCAUUUUAUUUCAGAUAGAAAACACCAAAGAAAUUAAAUAGAAACAACGAUUUUGAAAUAUUUCACUUUAUUAUAUAGUAUUGCAUAAACACUUUCUGUACCAUACUGUACCCUUUGACGUUGGCAGAGGUAAUGAUAAAUGCUAAUAAAAUGACCAUACUGACAAUCAUAGCACCACUCUUAAGAAGUGUUGUGUAACCAUGUAGAAAUAAUGGAGACUUAUUACUCAAACCCAACUACCCAUGAUAUAUUGAAGAAAAGGCUUGAAUGAAUAUGGCAGAAUUGAUUGACCUGGAAAUCAAAGGCAA